GUAAUUUACUCAUUAAUUAGCAAAGAUUUUUGUACUUGCACUAACGUGCGCACUACCACAGUCUGCCGCCACGCUAACAUGCGCACCUCCGCGUCGCCACCUGAAAUACCUUCUCCCCUCUGAAAAAAUCUCACUCCUCCGGCCACUUUCUCUCACUAACAUGCGCCAUCUCCUCCUCCGGUCCACCAUCGCCAUGGCUCCUUCCUCCUCCCUCAGAAAACCCUCUUCCUCCUCCUCCGCCGCCGCCGCCCACCACCACCAGAGUUCACCGAGCUUCCCUUCCUCCGCCUGCAGACACUCCCCCUCCGCCACGCUCGACAUCCUCAUCUUCAUCCUCGUUCUCUGCUCCGGAACUUUCCUAAUCGUCUCCUAUUUCUCGUACCUCUUCCAAUCCCUAACCCUAAUUUUGCCCCCUUUCUCAACUGUAAUCUCACACCUCCAUUACCAUCUAAUUUCCAACCCUGAAUCGCAGCUGAUUUUCUUCUCCUCAUUCGUUGUCCUCUUCGCAACUUUCGUAGUUUCCUUUGAGAUCUGCUGCGGCCAUAGAUCGCGAAGGUGUGGGAAGAAAGACUGCAAAGGAUUGAAGAAGGAGAUGGAGUUCGAUUUGCAGCUGCAGGGGGAGGAUUUGCUGCGAAUUGGGAAUGGGAAUAAGUCUGUUCGGGAUGUGAAUGAGCUGCCAUGGAAGGGGGGAACUGAGGACAAUCCAGAUUACGAAUGUCUGCGCGCUGAAUUGAGGAAGAUGGCUCCUCCUAAUGGCCGCGCCGUGCUGCUGUUUCGGGACAAAUGCGGCUGCCCGAUUUCGAAGCUCGAAGGUUGGGGCCCCAAGCGGAGUCGCCGCCACAAGAAGACUCUAGCUAUUACCGGCGGAGGUGAUCAUCGCUGACGAUGGUAAAUUUCGUGAUUUGUUUCAUGUUCUACGCUAUUAUGCCGGACCGGACAUUAUUUCCUUAUUUCUUUUGGCAAAAGUGCUCAUAAUCCACGUGUUAUUUGAAAAGUCUGCUCUUAUAAUUUAGAAAUCGCACGAUUUUUCCUUGUAUUUUAGAAAAAUAUUGCACAUAAUUCCUUUUUCCUUGCGCAAUUUUUAGGAAUUCUGUGCAAUAUUUUCUAAAACACAAGAAAGUCCGAACAAUUUCUAAAUUAUAAACAAGCAUGGUGCAGACUUCUAAAUCACAUGUAUUAUAAGUAGUUUUGUCGUUCUUUUUUUUUUUCUUUUUAAAAAAUAUAUAUGAUUCUGGUAUAUUAUUUUACCAUUCGAGUGUCGUUGCUCGCCCCUGCGCGAGCGAAAACACUAACAAGAACAUUACUGGAGAAGAUUUAUCUCCAGAUGUAUACCGAAUUCAGUUGGGAUUAAUUGGAGAGGAAUAAUGAUAUUGAUA